AUGAAUUUGAAAAAAAAAACACUGACUGAGGAGGAACCUGAGACGAGAAAUGUGGCAUUGGUUGCAAAUCAGCAACCAUCAUCGUCAACAAUAAGGUCAAAUUCUAACUCCUCUGAUUUAUUCACUGGCGAUCAACUUGCUUUGUUUAUGAGAAAAUUCAAGAGAUUCAUGAGGAAAAACCAGCCUCAUGACAACUCGGGCAAGCCAAGAACGUCGAGAUAUAGACACACUGAAAAACCAAGUGGAUCGAGAACACGUGGUACCGAGGAAGUGGAGAUGUUGUGCUAUAACUGCAGAAAACCUAGACAUUUCAAAGCUGAAUGUCCUUAUCCAAUUGUUAAGAAGCAUCAAGAAGAAUACGACAACUAUAAGAAGAGUUCGGGAAAUCACAACAACCCGAGGAGUACAUCCAAUGACACAAAUGAGCAACCUAACUACUCUGGUAACAACCCGAAGAGUGAUAGACGAAGGAAAGCUCUAGCUGUGGAAGAAAAGCCAGAAGACAAGAAUGACGAGCCAUGCACGUCGAGCUCCAGUUCAGAGAGUGAUAGCGUAGAAGAUGAGAAGGGACUCCUUUGUCUCUUUAGCUAA